AGAAUAUUAUAAACGUUUUGAAGUUGGUCUGUAAAAUAUCACAAGAUGGAUAGCAUUGGGGAAGAAAGGGAGCAGAUCGAAGAGGACAUAGAGCGUCUUAAUCUUGCUUUGCAAGUUGAGGGCUCUGAAGUUGAACUGCAAGAUGAAGACGAUGAAGACGUGCUUUGUAUCAACGAAGAUAGCAUUGAGCAUGAAGAUUAUGAAAGUGUGGACACCAUUUUUUCCAUCAGCUCUGAAGCAAAGCAAGGGGUACCCAGUGAAAUAGAUCAGUUUUCAGGGAUGUCUGAAAUUAGUCAUUUACCCAUUAAUGCAGAAACAUGUCUAGCACUCAACAGAACCUAUCAAGAACUCAUUCUGGAAUCACUGAAAAAAAUAGAAUUGGCACUGAAUGAAAACAGGGAAAAACAGAGAGUGUUAGAAGAAGGACUUGAAAUGAAAUCUGCUGGGGGCUCCAAAAGUACAGAAAAACAAGGAAGCAAAAAGAAAUGUUCAACAAUGUUUUGUAAACCCUAUUUUAAAGACAAGGAUCAAAAGGUACCCCCUCCUAACACUGAUGUUCAGAUGAAAAAGCUUACACAGGAACACAAACAAGAUGUAACACCACCUCUGCCCUGGAGUGUUGCUCAAAGGUGUAAACUUCAGGAAGCUGUGAAGGAAGAAGCUCUCAAACAAAAGCUUGUUCCCAUUAUGAACAGGAAAGAAGUUUAUGUGGAAAGGGUCAAGAAUCUGGAAUCAGAGCUGGUAAAAAUUAACAUAGACAAGUCAGAGCUGGAGGAUGGAGAUGAAGCAAAUUUGAUAGAACUGAAUGAACUUAAUGAGAGAGGACAGAAAAAGGAGCAAGAACUUGCAGAAUGGCAGGAGAAGAUUGAGCAGCUGGACAGAGACAUGGAGAAAGUCAAAGAGACAUCAGAAAUUGAGUUACUGUUCAGUGUUGAUAGUGAGAAGGUGGACUGGCUCAUGAUUGCCAAUUUCAUCUUUGGUGGUAAGCGAGAGGAGAAAGAAUGUGAGAUCAUGUGGAACAAUGUACUGCAUCCCUCCAUCAACAAAGAGAAGUGGUCCACCCAGGAGACUAAACAUCUCCAGGAACUGGCCAAUAAAUACAACAUGAAGAACUGGCCUGCUAUUGCACAUGAACUGGGGACAGGAAGAACCCCCUUUCAAUGUCUACAGUUCUAUCAGCACAGUCUCAAUGAUGCCUACCAUAAUAGACCCUGGUCAGAGGAGGAAGAUGAAAUGUUGAAGGAAGUUGUAGACAGUGUUCGGGUUGGAAACAAAAUUUCUUUUGCUCAAGUUUCAUACUUUCUGGAUGGGAGGAGUCAGAAUCAGUGCCAAUCCAGGUGGAACCAGAUUAACCCAACUACGAAAAGAGGGAGAUGGACUCUUCAGGAAGACUGUUUGCUGAUGACUGCAGUUCAGCUGCAUGGUGCCAAGAACUGGAGACUGUUACAGGAGUAUGUGCCAGGUCGUACGGCUCUCCAGUGUAGGGAUAGAUACAAUCACUGUCUGAAUCCCGCCAUCAGCUCGCCUGAGCCAUGGACGUACGAGGAAGAUAAGAAGCUUCUGAAACAUGUCUAUGCCAUGAUGGAAACAGGAAAUCCUGUGAAAUGGAUAAAAUUGGCGUCAGAGUUCCCAGGCCGUACUGACAACCAGCUGCUUGGCCGAUACAAAAGAUUACAGACUUGGGAGAUGAAGACUUCUUGGUUGGCUGAGCAGUCGAAACAGCAAAGAAGAGAUUUGGGUGUCAUGGAAGGAGAGCAGCUUCAAACGGAAAUAAUGAAAUCUGAACCAAGCGUAUGUUUUCAGGAGACAGCCCAGUUAUUCCCUGAUGUUGUUAAAGAGGACUAUCUGAAACAAAUAGUGGACAGAAGGAGAGGUGAUUUAGUGGUUCCCCGUCCUCCAGUGAUGACCAAAAAUAACACACGGUGUUUUAAAGCAGUCUGGGAAAGGAAGAAGCAGUUACACACCCUAGUAAACCAGCACCUGCAGAACCUCAACUCAGUUGUCCCACCUAAUGGCACUGCCAUUAAGGAAUUCAAUUCGUUUGGUGCUCUGAGUAAAGACCAGCAGAAGGCAGUGCAGAACAUGAUGUCAAACCAGCCCAACCAAAUCACUGUCAGGGACAUGCUUAACCUGACCAGGAAAAUAACAAGGGCAGAGAACUGUCGAGAAGCGCGAGCCAAGAGAUGGGAACAGGAUAUACUGUAUGACGAACAAAUAAAAGACGUCCUCAUCUGGAAAUGCUUCCAUUCCCUCCUUGUGGAGAAAAGAAUUGGACGACCAAGGAAAUUUUACUUGUUCAGUCCUACAGGAAGGAAGCCUCCUGUUGCUGAAGAUGAUGAGGAGGAAAAUGUAGAAAAGAUAACAGAUAUCACACUAACUCUGUUAAUGAAUGCUUUAGAUCUUGAUUACGAAAAAGCUUUGAUGAAGAGCAAGCAGAUGGACAUGAAUGAUCCCACAGUGAAGGAAGAUAUUGCUUUCUUGAAAAGGGUCACUCCCAGCAUAUUACCGACUAAUACAGCUGAGAAACGAAUCACUAAUACAAAUAUCCAGAAUGUAUCUACUAUAUCAACACUAACUAAAACAGGACCUCCCAGGACCACAAGUCUGUCUACAGCAAGAUCAUCCUCAUCUGAAAGUCGGAAUAUUCCAUCAACAUCCGCAGAGCAGAAUUCACAAAGUCAUAAAACUCCAUCAACAUCCACAGGGCAGGAUUCACAAAGUCAGAAAACUCCAUCAACAUCCACAGGGCAGAAUUCACAAAGUCAGGAAACUCCAACAUCCGUGGGGCAGAAUUUAGCAUAUGCACAAAACAAGCGACCAGACUUAGAUCAGAAUGUACAAUCUUGUGUAACUAGUCAAUAUAAUGUUAUACGUCAACAGGAUAAAACUUUGUCAGGUAACGGAAGGAAGAGGAAGGCAGAAGGAAGUAAUAAUGAGGAAGAACAGAUUAAACAAAAGAAAUCCAAAGAAACCUCAUCUCUUUCUAAUAUAAACAAGGACACUGCUGAAAACGCAAGUGAUGGCAGUAACAGUGCAAAAGAUCCCACUAAAUCACAGACAGUGAAUAAUUCUGUCACAGGUGGAGCCCCAGGAACAACAUCAAACAUAAAGCAGGCCACAAUAAGCACAGAACAGAGACCUACAUUAGCAACCAAGCCCUCUGCUAUUCCAGCUGGAGCUAGAGUCAUUAAACUUCCCCCUGGUGUCAAACUAAAACCAGGUGACAAAAUACAAGACAUUUUAGCAGCUCAUAAAGCAUCUAUGUCUUCACCUACAGGACACAGUGUCCAAGGCUCACAGAAUCAACCUACAGGACGCAGUGUCCAAGGCUCACAGAAUCAACCUACAGGACAUAGUGUCCAAGGCUCACAACAGAAUCAACCUACAGGACACAGUGUCCAAGGCUCACAGAAUCAACUUACAGGACACAGUGUCCAAGGCUCACAGAAUCUACCCCAGACCCAGACCACAGCUGCGAGGGAAGCCACCAGUAGUACAACAGUAGCAGGGGGGUCUCAGACUCAGAAACAAAGUGUUGUGGUGAUCAGGCCUCCUAGUGGAAUACAGGACCCCAACAGGGUCAAGAUCUUGCCUCCUGGAACUGUCACAACAAGUGCUUUCAAAAGCCUGCUAUUACACAGGAAAUAUUUGAUGAAAAAAGCUGAUGAAGUGUACAGCCGACAGUUUUACAAGAUUCGAGGUGAAGAACUCCAGAAGAGAAUAACAGUGGAACUGGCCAAACAGUCUGGAGUAAAAGUCGAAGAAGAUAUUAGUGAGAGUGAAUAUAGAGCUGGAACAUUAAGUGAAACACUGCAUGCUACUGACAAUUCUAUAGUCAGUGAUGUAGCAGCAAACCUACUGAAAAAAUGUAACAAAACUAAUGUUCAUAAGGAUGCUUUGGCAAGAGUGAGGAGAAGCAAGGAGUAUAAAAUGUUACAGAAGAGAUUCGAAGCUCUGUUUGCCUGGCCUGCUCUGUUGUCCACAGUUUGUCCUGAAAAUGUAGAAAAUCCAGCACAGAAUAAACCAACUAGUGUACAAAACACAAAGAAGAAAAAUGUGUAUCCAAAGGUCAUAACGAAAAAGGGUACACCGUACACUGUUGUAGACAAAAGUGAGUUGAGUAAGGAACCAGUCAGGAGGAAAAAAGUCACGAAGAAAUCAUAUCCCUGUGUGAAAAGUAAAUAUACCUGGAGGAGAGUCGUUAUGGACAGAGAAAUUAAGAAAAUUAAGAGAGAAGCCAGGCUGAAAAAACUGCAGGAAACAUUGGAAAAGAAGCAAAGGGGAGAGUUUCAACCACAGAAGAAGACAAAGAGAAUUGUCACCACCACAAGUACACGGAAGAGUCAACGAAUGGCAGUGAAAAGAAGUUUGCCGCAACUGUCCGAGUCACAUGAGGUUUCUGCCCCAAAACAACUGAAAAGGCUUGUAAGAAAGAAAAAACAAGGAAAUAGUGAAAAAAAAUCACAAGACGUCAAAAACAACAGCUUCCAGCUACUAGGGGAUGCUGUUGUACCAGUAGCACUGAUCAGCAACAUCUCCUCCUCCAUUGCAAAUGGCAGUGUUCCCAGCAAUAAUGGGGAUAACACCGUCUCAAUUUCCCACCCAUUCCCCAUAGUUCAAUCUAUAAAUAGCAUUAGUGGACAGAUAUCUUCAACAGGUGGUGGAUCUACCCUGGCAGUGAAUGAUGGAUCUACAAUAGCAACUUCUUUGCCACUACAAGAAGGAACUCUGCCUUUAGUGGCUAUAACAGACAUGCAUAUCCAGACCGUACCUUCAACAAAUGGAGAUGGUGAACCUCCGGUUGUUUUUGCUUUUUUGCCAUCUGCAAUGGGUGAUGGUCAAGUAGAACAAAUACAAGUUUCAGAAAGCAUCGAGAUGCAGGGAACAGCCCCCAGUAUCAACGUGACUCAGGUUGUCCCAGAAAGCGAACAGAAAUAAUCAGUCAAAAGACAUCCAAUAGUGUCUGUAUACACCAACAAAGGAAACAAAUAAAUCUUAGUUGUAAAGUUCCAAUUAUUUAAAAACGUUUUAGUGUGAAGAAAUCAUGGAUGGCUGACAUACUCAAAUAGUCUCACAUUGUGACAUUUUUUAAGCGAUUCACAUACAUUUUCUAGUGAUAGUUUUUAUGCAAAUUCUGUAUGAAUCUGCAUAAUCAUUUCUUCAGGCCUAUUAUGCUAUUUAUUAAAAACUAAAUUGUUCACUACAUUUCUUAUCCCACAGUUAAAGCUUUGUUAACAUGAAAAAAAGACAUUCUUUCCUAAUACAUUGUAUUAUACUCAGGAAUUCAUCAAGACUAAUUAGUUUGACCUGUUUAGCAGGAUGUAUUUUGUGUGAGAUAAUAUAUGUGUCAAAUACUAUAAACAUGGGCAUAUUGUGUUUACAUUAUGCAUGCAUACUUUGGUCAAUUUGCUAGUUAUGUUUUGGUUUCGAAAUAAAAAAAUGUUACACAC